AUGUCUUCUCUCAUCAACAAGGUCAAGGACAAGCUCCACUCCGACAACAAGACAGAGCAGCCUGAAGGCACUCAUGGACCUCACAGCUCCCGAACCGGCAAUGCCGCCGACCCUCGCGUCGACUCUGACCGCGAUCACCGCGAGAACCUAGGACGUCAUGAUGGCUCUUACACCACUGGCGGAGACAACUACUCUUAUGGCGGUGAUACCACCACCUCCUCAGGCGUGACUGGAUCUUCAGGCAUGACUGGCACUGGAGGAACUUUCGACUCCAGCAAGGGCUCUACUGGCUUUGGCUCUACUGGCUUUGGCUCUACUGCCGCCACUGGCCCUGCCUCCAAGACUGCCGGCAUGCACAGCUCCAACGUGGCCAACAAGGCCGAUCCCAGAGUAGACUCUGAUCUCGACGCCAGCCGCAACAUGGGCCUCCGCUCCGGCGGUGCCACUGCUGGAACUGACACAUAUGGAAGCUCCAACACGCAAUCGGAAACCACUGGCUUUGGCACCAGCACCGGCCCUGCCUCCAAGACUGCUGGAACUCACAAGUCCGACAUGCUGAACAAGGCCGACCCAAGAGUCGACUCUGACCUCGAUGGCAGCCGUAACAUGGGCCUCAAAUCCCACGGCGCUACCUACGAUGCUCCCAGCGGCAACACUGGCAUGACUGGUUCUUCCGGAACCGCAAUGGGCUCUGGAAUGGGCAGCGGCAUGGGCACUGAUACUCUCACCGGCAGCGGUGCCACUGGCACCUACGGCUCCUCGGGCCGUGAUACCUACGGCUCAACUGGUACUGACACCUUGGGCUCAUCUGGCACUGGUGCCUAUGGUUCAACUGGCACUGAUACCUACGGCUCGACUGGCACCCACGGCUCAUCCGGCCUGGGCAGCACGGGACACCACACCAAGGACACCACUAGCAGUGCAUUCGGCGCUGGUACGGGCAGUGUCGGUGGAAGCUUUGGAACCGCACGCAACACUGGCCCAGCUCCCAACACAGCAGGCCCUCACAAGUCCGACAUGAUGAACAAGGCCGACCCUCGCGUGGACAGCGACCUUGACAAUAGCAAGACCUUCAUGGGCGACAAGACCUUUUCCCAGUCGGACAGGACGACGGCCAAGGACCCCACGGAUGCUGCUCAGGUGCCGCCUUCAGUCUUGCGGAAGCACAUUGGCGAGCCCACCAUUGAGCAUGAUAAUGCCAAUUACGACCGCGUGCGGCGGCACAGCGUCUCUCACCAGGAACAGCAUCGUGGAUUGUAA